GUAAAUGGUUCUAUAUGGAUUCUAAUCAUUUAUGUAUUUCGUUUUUUGCAAAUUUUGCAAAUGGUAUUACAUUACAACUGUAUGAGGUUUCGCAAGAGCUUAUUAAAACAAAAUAUUAAAAGAGUGAUGAAAACACACAAUGGAAUUAUAAAACAUUUUAUUCAGACGCAGAUGAAGAUGCUGAAUAUUAUUUACGCAUUUUAUUUAGUCCAGAAGACAAAAUAGCAAUUCGAAACAUUAUCAGGCAUUCAGACUGCAAAGGAAGCAAUUGGAACAAUUUUCAUUUCUCAUCAAUAGAGUAUAACUUUGAUUCAAGAAAUUCUAUCAAAUGUUCCUCUCUUCGAGACCAAACUACACAACUUAAAAUUUCGUUACCAAACUUGGAUACUGAUGUUUGUAAUAAUCAAAAUCAAUGUAAUAUAUGUACUGACUUCUACAACACUUCAGAGUGUCCACAUAGAAUAACGUGUAAUGAAAAUUCAUGUUUUUGUUCAAAAGGAUACAGUGGAAAAUAUUGUGAAGAAGAAUGUGAAAGAGGAAAAUAUGGUUGCAAUUGUGCAUGUGAAUGCGUAAAUUGCAUUUCGAACUUUUGCAGUCCUGUAGAUGGUGCAUGCUACUUUGGUUGUAAUGAUUUAAAAUAUGUUGCACCCUUCUGUAAGAAAAAAAAUCUACCAGUGUUAACAAGGAUUGCAUCAACUCAAAUGAAUUGUGUUACAAAUUGUACAAUCACAAUCUAUGGCAAUGAAUUAAAAUAUGAUGGUGUACAAGCACCAAAAUAUUAUUACACUCGUUUAUUUCAGCCAAACAGAACUAUUUCAGAAGGAGAAUUAACAUCAAUUAAAGUCAAUUUAAUUCAUUUUACUAAUUUAAUUAAAGAAUAUAAAUACAAUUAUCAAAUAGUUUUGUGUGUUACUGAUCAAAAAUCUGAGUGUUUUAAUGACGAUUUGACAACAUUUGAAUUUAAAACAACAUGUGAAGAAUUACACAACGAUCAAAUUUUAAUUAAAAGUUUGAACAGGCGUACGACAAUAAAUGUGACAUCUUACAAUUCCAAUAUAAAUUGUUUCUUACAUGAAUAUUCCAUGUUAAUUUUGGAUGAAGCUAACAGUACGGUACAGUAUUCGAAACAUUUAGGACGUAGUAAUACUAUAUUAUCAUUGAACAUAUUUACCAACUACACACUGCAAUUGACUAAAACCCACGAAAUAACACAUAACAUUGUAUUUACUACAGACGAAUCGGUUCCAAACAGAGUUAGAAAUUUAACAAUUAUUAGUUCAUCAACUAGUAAACUUAGGGUUGUCUGGGAAGCACCAAUACCUGUUACUGGAAUCAUUACCAAUUAUGUGGUUACCUGGAUGUUGGUUGGCAAAAGAAGUUGUAAAAAUGGAAAUAAAAGUGCAAGCAUUCAAUCAAAAAAUCUAACAUCCACUGUAAUUGAAUUAAAUGAUCUUGCGCCAUAUUCAAUUUAUAAUAUAUCAGUAUCAGCAGUUACUAAGAAAGGUCGUAGUGAUAUCCAUAGUAUUUUAGGAUACACAGAUCCAAUUACGACAACAGAAACAAUGCAAUUAAACAAAUUUAAUCAUAAAAUUACCUCCCUCAAAACUUCAUUACAAAUAGACUUAGUUGUUGAUUGUGAAAAUUGGAAUGGUCCAAUCUAUCUAAACGCAUAUGCUAUUUGUAAAAGUGAAUGGUGUGAAGGACAAUGGAUUAAUGCGACUAAGCACAUGCAAUUUAAUGAUAAUGCUACAAUUAACAAUUUACUUCCAUUUACUGAUUACAAAUUAGAUCUUUAUCAAUCUUAUAAGAACGGGGAUAUAUUUGAUAAUAUUUAUAAAUUAUUAUCAAUUGAUGUGAAGACACUACGUACUGUUCCAAAUCAAAUUCCAUUUAUGGAAAUUUAUAGUUUGUCGGAAAUAAGUUUAUCAUUGAGAUGGAGUGCACCUUAUCCACCAACUGGAAUUCUGGAUUCAUUUAUAAUAAAAUAUCAUUACACUUCAGAGGGAGAUAGCACGUCUCAAACAGAUAUCAAUUCUUUGAGUCCAUGCAAAAUAUGGCCAAAUAUGUAUUGCACUACAUUAACUAAUCUUACGGCAAACAAGAACUACAUUAUAUCAAUUGCUGGACGUAAUCAAAUAUCUGAAUAUGGAUUGGAAACAAUUUUAAAUGAAACCACGUUGAUUAAAACCCCGCAAUCACCACUGAAUUUGGUUAUAAAUUGGGACGAGUUUCGAUUUCUUCAAUUGCAAUGGCAACACCCUAAUAAAACAAAUGGACCACUUCUAAGCUUUGAAGUAAUUGUUAAUGGUCAACAUUAUUUAUACCAAGGACCGGAAAAUACCACAUACACUUUUAAUGCACAGUUUCAGUGUAAUCCUGAAAUCCGUCAUGCAAAUGUUUCUAUUCAAACAGUCAACUCAAAAUUCCGUUCUGCUUUAUUGACUCGCCUAUUUAUUUGCCCAAUUUUUAAGCCAUCAUUACAAUUUAAGCCCUCCGCUAUACACAAUAGCAACAAAUCCAUAACUAUUUCAAUACCGGCUAUUGAAAAUGAUGAAGCAAUAAGCAAUUUGUACAUUGUUCUACUUGUCACCGAAUCGGACAAUACUCGUACAGGUGAUUGUAGAGCAAAAUUAGGAAAUAAUCAUGAUUCAAUUAUUUCGGUAAGAAAAAAUCAAAUAUGUUGGAUAAUUGGGCAUUAUGAACAAAGAGAUUACAAGGAAAUUGAAAGAAUGGAAAUGAAUAUUAACUUAACACAAAUACCUGAAUUUAAUUGUACCGAGAACUCGUUUGAAGUAAACAUACUAAUAGUCAAUAAGUUGGAUGACCAAAUGUCAUCUAAUUGGUAUCUUGUUAACCAGCGACAAUUGGAAGAUAUAAAAUUCUCAAGUAUUUUAUUGAGUUUGAUUGUAUUAACACUAAUAAUAAUAAUUAUUAUUAGUAUAUUGGGUUUAUUCUUAUGGAGAAAGAAGCGACGCCAAGAAAACAAGAACAAAGACUGUAAAAUAUAUGUUGAAGUAAUAAUCCCACUAGUUCCCAUGAAAAAAACAAAGUCGACUAAAGAAAAGAAGGCGAAAUGCUCACGACCGGUUGUUGUUCGGGAUUUUCAUGAAUAUGUAAGAACAUUGGCUAAUAAGCCAGAAUUUGCUAUGGAGUAUAACAACAUUGUGGCAUUAACUAAGCAAUGGGAUAUUAAUUUACAUCGGGUAAAAACAGCUGCAGAGUGUUUAGAUGCCAGUUAUAUAUCUAUGAUUAUUGAUGAAAAAGUAGAAAACAUUGUCCUCUUUGCGAGUAUGAAUGAUAUAUGCAAUGAAAAGUGUGAAAAAUACUGGCCUGACUACCGCUUAAAUAAAUCAGUUUCAUACUCGGACGGUUGCUCAAAGAUUAAAAUCACAACUUUGCCUGUUAAAAGAUUAUUGAGUUAUGAUAUGCACCAUUUCAAAAUUAAGCAAGCUAGCACUGUUGUGAAGACUCGUUUUUGGCAUUUUACAAAUUGUGACAAAGGAGGAACAUUGAGGCAUCUGGACAGUUUUCUCUCAUUUCUACAAGGUCUACAGUUUAUUGAGCGCUCUUCACAACAUCCCAUCUUGGUACAUUCUAGUUGCGGACUUAACGCUAGUACCGAUUUGUUUAUAUUGCUAGAUAUUUGUAUACGACAAGCACAAAAAGAUGAAGUUGUGGAUAUAUGUUAUCAAGUACAAAGGCUCCGAACGCAGCGACCCAACUGCAUAGACACUUUUGAAGACUAUUUGUUUGCUCACCAUAUAUUAGACAAGUACUUCACUAUGUUGCCAUAUACCUUCGCAGAUGAUCACAAUUCCAACUAAUAAAAAUUUAAUGAAAAAAUAUGAAAAAUUUAGCAAAUGCAUAGGUAUAUCUGGUGUGACGCUGAUAUCCCGAGAUGUUUCAAAUCGCAAAAACCUACCUAAGAGUUGCUAUAGUUUCAAUCAAAGUUUAUUUUUAAUAUUUUAAUUUAUAAAAUUGAAUAAUUAUAAUUUGUAUACUAGUAAUUGAAAUUAAAAAAACAAUUUAAAAUAAUUCAACUAAACAAAUUGAAGGUGCUGGUUGGACGUGGACCAAUAGGUCCGAAAGAUUUUAGCAAUUUAUUUACAACUGUACGUCAGAUAAAUAAAAUAAAUUAUUAAGAA